AUGGCUAUUGUAAAGGAAGAAGGUGAACAUGAAUUGGCUCCUCCACCGCAGAAGAAAGAACCGUCUGAAAAUGAGAAGAGGAAGAAGAAAAUUGUGCCUGGGAGUUUGAUGAAAGCUUUGAUUCUACCUGGUGGCGGUGAUUCUGGACCUUCAGAUGGUGAUCAGGUUAUCUAUCACUGGACAAUUCGAACUUUGGAUGGAGUUAUUGUGGAAUCUACACGAUCUGAACAUGGAGGCAAGGGCAUGCCGAUAAGACAUGUAUUGGGUAAAAGCAAGAUGCUAUUGGGCUUGCUAGAAGGAAUUCCAACAAUGUUGAAGGGCGAAGUGGCAAUGUUGAAGAUGAAACCUCAGCUGCAUUAUGGUGAGGAUGAUUGUCCGAUUUCUGCUCCUGAUGGGUUUCCUAAGGAUGAUGAUCUCCAUUUUGAAAUAGAGCUGAUAGAGUUUUUUAAGGCCAAGGUUGUCACUGAUGAUUUGGAAGUGAUUAAAAAGGUUGUACACGAAGGGCAGGGUUGGGAAUCUCCUAGAGAACCUUAUGAAGUGAAGGCUUGGAUUUCAGCAAAGACAGCUACUGGGAAAUUGAUCACGUCACAGAAAGAAGGAGAACCAUACUUCUUUACAUUUGGAAAAUCAGAGGUACCUAAAGGUCUUGAAAUGGGGAUCGGAACAAUGGUUCGGGAAGAAAAAGCUGUUAUAUACGUUACAAGUCAGUAUUUAACCGAGUCUCCUCUGAUGCCUGUUGUAGAAGAUUCUGAAGUCCAGUUUGAAGUGGAGCUUGUUCACUUUAUUCAAGUGAGGGACGUGCUUGGAGAUGGGCGUCUGAUAAAACGUCGGAUUCGUGAUGGAAAAGGUGAUUUUCCAAUGGAUUGCCCCCUUCAUGACAGUCUACUUCAUGUUCAUUACAAGGGCACUGUUCUCGGUGAAGAAAAGAGGGUGUUCUAUGACACAAGAGUUGAUAACGAUGGUCAACCAUUGGAUUUCUGCUCUGGAGAAGGGCUUGUACCAGAGGGAUUUGAAUUGUGUGUUCGUCUGAUGCUACCAGGAGAGAUGGCUCUAGUCACAUGUCCACCAGACUAUGCUUAUGAUAAGUUUCCAAGGCCUUCAAAUGUUCCUGAGGGUGCUCAUAUUCAAUGGGAAAUUGAACUUCUAUCUUUUGAAAUGCCAAAGGACUGGACAGGAAUGGACUUUAAAAGUAUAAUGUACGAAGCUGAAAAUAUCAGAAACAAGGGUAACAGGUUAUUUAAAGAAGGAAAAUAUGAACUUGCAAAGGCAAAGUAUGAAAAGGUGCUUCGAGAAUUUAAUCAUGUUAAUCCACAAGAUGACGAGGAAGGAAAAGUUUUUUCUGAUACACGUAAUUUGCUACACCUGAAUGUUGCUGCAUGCUAUCUAAAGCUGGGAGAAUGCAGAAAGUCCAUUGAGACUUGUAACAAGGUUUUAGAAGCAAAUCCUGCGCACGUCAAGGGUCUUUAUCGUCGUGGAAUGGCCUACAUGGCUAAUGGAGAUUUUGACGAAGCAAGGGCUGAUUUCAAAAUGAUGAUGAAAGUCGAUAAGUCAACUGCAUCAGACGCAACAGCAGCCCUUAUAAAACUUAAGCAGAAAGAGCAGGAAGUUGAGAAGAGAGCUCGGAAACAAUUUAAAGGGCUAUUUGACAAGAAGCCUGGAGAAAUUGCAGAAGUUAACGCUAAUGAAGAUGAAGAUCAGGUCACCCGUGAAAGCCAGAAAGAUGGUGAGGUACAUAAAGACGCAUCAGAUGGAACGAACUCGGAGGAUUCACAUGAAGCUGUGCCUGAUGCAGAUCAAAGGGGUUGGUUCUCUCAAUUUUGGCCAACUGGUAGUAGAAUUUUUUCAUCUCUUGGACUUCAAAGAUGUACCAUACUAUAA